AUGGGAUCUCGAAAAGUUAACCACGAUAUAAAUAAGAAAUUCUCUGAACGUUCAUGGACAUUGAAAAAUGAUGUCGAAAAUCUUAACACGGAGAAGAAUUCUUCAGAUAAUAAUGUUCGUGUCAUAGUUGGAUUAGACUUUGGAACCACCUACUCUGGAUUCGCAUAUUGUCAUGCUAAAGAAAAAAAUCAUCCAUAUUCAAACGAAUUAUGGCAUGGAGAAGUAGGCCAACUAAAAACCAACACAGUUCUUCGAUAUGACGAUGAAUAUAAUAAUGAUAAUAAACCCGUUGAAUUGUUUAAAUUGCAUUUGGGAGAUAUAAUGGAUAAGUUUAAACCGAAACUUCCAGUUGAAUAUAAAAAAGCGAUCACUGAUUAUUUAAGAGAAAUUGGAAAGGUGAUUAAAGAAAUGGUUACUACACGAUGGUCAAAUGUUGAUUACUUUGAAAAGGUUCUUCUGGUUCUUAGCGUUCCUGCGGAAUUUUCUGAAAAAUCUAAAGCAAUUAUGAGGAUAUGCGCGUAUAAUGCAGGUUUGAUCAAAGAAGAAUGUUCAACGAACUUGCAAUUCACUACGGAACCCGAGGCUGCAGCUGUAUAUUGCAUAAAAAAUAGCCUUAGAGAGCAUGCUCUUGACCAACCAGGAACUAAUUUUAUGGUAGUCGACUGUGGUGGUGGUACAGUAGAUUUAACGGUUCGUAAAUUAUUAAAUGAUAAACAAUUUGACGAAAUAACCGAAGGAUCCGGUGAAUUUUGUGGAAGUACUUUUAUCGAUGCCGAAUUUAUUAAAUAUUUACGAAAAAAUCUCGGAGACAAACCUAUGGAUUCACUUGUAGAGAAUCAUUAUGGACGAAUGCAGUACAUGAUUCAACAAUUUUGUAUAUCUGGCAAACUUCCUUUUACGGGAGAUGAUCCAAAUUUUCAAUAUGUGUUGGAUAUUCAGGAAACUAUUCCUGAAUUAAAGCAAUAUAUCACUGAUGAGAAUAUCAUAAAAGCUUUAGACGACUGGGUAGUCGAAAUUGAUUUUGAAACCAUGAAAUUGAUAUUUGAACCUGUCAUCCAAAAAAUUCUUCUUAUGAUAAAAGCUCAACUAGAUAACGUACAAGAAACUUGCUCUGCAAUGUUCUUAGUUGGGGGCUUUAGUGAAUCCAAAUAUUUACAAAAAAGAAUUAAAGAAGAAUUUCUUCAUCGAGUAAAGGAUAUUUCAGUUCCUAUUCAACCUAUGGCAGCAAUCGCACGUGGAGCAGCAAUUUAUGGAUUAUCUAUAAAAUCAAAUAACCUGAAUAAUAUAGGGAAUGAUGAUGAUUUGAAAUGUGUUAUUUUUUCAAGGGUCCUUAAAUAUACUUAUGGAAUUAAAACAACAACUUAA